AGUCUUACCGCGGAUGGAGGAGGUUUGGUCCUCGCAGGUCUCCGUCCGCUGGUGUAGUGUGGGCGUGUCGGCUUCCGUACUCUGCUCUAGUAUAUCCGUACGGUACCUACCUUCUACUGAUAGUAAAUGCUGGUGAUGUCCUGGUGAUUGGAGGUAAGGCACAAGGAAGCCAUCAUGGCUGACUACUGGAAAUCUCAGCCUAAGAAAUUUUGCAUUUAUUGCAAGUGUUGGAUUGCUGACAAUAAGCCGAGUAUUGACUUCCAUGAGCGGGGAAAAAACCAUAAAGAAAAUGUUAUCAAGAAAAUCAGUGAGAUUAAACAAAGAAGUAUGGCCAAAGUCAAGGAAGCUGAAAAGCAGUCAAAGGAAUUUGCUGCCAUGGAAGAAGCGGCAUUAAAGGCAUAUGAAGAAGAUUUGAAGAGACUCGAGGGCACAAAACCAGCUCCUAUAGCUCCUGUAGGUCCAACAAUUGAGGAGAGAAGAGCACGUGAUGAACAAAAAAGGAAAGAAAUAGAAGCUAUAGAAAAACACCAUGCUAAAAAAAAAUGGACAAAGGCAUACUCUUCAGAAGGAUACCCAUACUACUACAAUACAUUGUCUGGAGAUACUCAGUGGGAGGCACCAGAUGGAUUCCAGGACACUGAGGACAAGUCUGAAGAGCAAGGAGCCAAACCUGUGUGGGUAGAAGGUGUGUCUGAAGAGGGUUACACAUACUACUACAAUGCUGAAACAGGAGAAUCCAGGUGGGAAAAACCAGAGGACUUUAUUUGUGGUCUUCCAUCUAAAGAAGAUCAAGAAAGUCCCACAGACAAACCAGAAGAUACAGUUGCAGAGGAAAAGGCCGACAGUGUGGAGUUAAAACCUGAGACAUCGUCGGAUGAGUCCAGCCAAUCGGAGCAAGCCACAUCAGCACCUUCCGUAACAAAAACUGUUAAAAUCAAUUUUCGGAGUAAAAAGGAAAAGAAAACGGAUAAGACCCCUGAAGUGGAUAGUAAAGAAGAAGACAAUGAAGUCAAGCAGGAUACUAAAGAAGAUGAUUCCUCUAAGAAGCAGAUUCCUAGCCAAAGGCCAAAAAAGGCCAAUCCAUACGGGUCAUGGGAGGAAAUUACACAGGAGGAAGACCCAUACGACAAUGUGGAUUUAGAGCUUCCAAAUAUGGAAUAUGAUGAACCACAAGCCUCAGUACCUGACAUUCCACAAGAGCCAAAAGUCUAUUUCAAGGAGAAGACCAUCACCUCUCUUGGGGACACAGUAGUUGGGACUUCUGUCUUCAAAAAAAGGAAGCUGGAAAAUGUAAAAUCCCGGAACAUACGCCAAAGACUGACUGAUCAGUAAAGGACUUUGAUCAUGAAUAUUUUUUUUUUAAACUGUAUGCUUGUAAGGAUUGCACUGUGUGUAUGUGUGAUUGGUGUGAAUAAAUGCUUUUCUAUUUUACUUUUA